AUGGGCACUCUCAGGUAAGCAUAUACCUUUACUGGGCAACUUUGAGACAUGUUUAGAGCGAAAUCCCUACACCAAACACUAAAAGUGAUCAAAACAUUUUAGAACCAUAGAAUGUCUUAUGCAGUUUCCCUGCUCCGUCAAGUACAUGUAUUGAGACAAAAUUUAAUAAAAUUCGUGCGCCGCCAAUUGUGCACUUGUCGAGCCGCGAUGAAAGGCGAAAGGCCAGGUGGACUUGAAUAAUUGCACCAGGAAAUGAGCAAUUUUGGAGCAUUUACUUCUUUUUCGGCUCCGUCAAGACGAGGAAUGCGGAAUUGGAUUAGCUCGCUCAUUUUCCCGUCAUUUUUUGACAGGAAAAUGUGUGUAAAAGGCCGCAAAAAAUAAAUGCAGAGAGGCAUUGGAUUGAAAUUCGAGGCGUCGAACAGCAAAGUGAAAAUUGAGAAGUUUGCGUGAAAAACGAAAAUUCGGACCCACGGCGACAAAACUUGAAAAGGGGAUGGCUUAUGCUGAGACGCGUUUUCAGAAAACUUUUGCUAAUUUUGUGUUAAAUAUCGAUGAAAGAAGACAUUCAAAAGGAAGACAAUUUUAAAAAUUUUGUAACAACGCAACGUUCAAGACGUUUGUCGCAUAUUUCGCAACAACCCUUCGACGCCGCAAUUGCGGAAUUUCCAUACCGACCGAGCCGAACAGUUUGCCGAUAAAAAGAGCGUCGGUAAUACAAAAACACGUAAAUAGAGGCAUUUUGAGCGGUCGAACAGCGAAAAUGAUUCAAAAUGAAUGAAAUUCGAGCAAGACUCGAAAAUCGAUUCAUCUUUUUCAUUCCUUAAUGAAAUCUGCUCGUUUUAAGCCCAAGAUGUGCGCAAUGCAUCACUUCAUAGCUGAAUGCAAGCACAGCGCAAAAGGCGUGAAUAAUUUGGGUUGUUUUUGACGAAAAACAUGAGAAAUUGGGUUGAAGUAUGAAUUUCGCGUCAAAGUGAUGAUUAACGGCGGAAAACAAAAAAUGCGGACCCAAAUUUUUGGCGUACUUUUGUACUACAACAAAAUUUCCCAUCUCUGGUGAGUGUGUCCCAUUCAUCGGAACGAAUUGAGUUGCCAUCUCUUUUUUUCCGCUUUUCCAUGCGACAUCUAAAGAGGGGGGACCAUUGGAAAUCUUGAUAAACGAAAGUGGAUCCAAUUCAUUCUCAGAAACAUUGGCCAUCACAUCGCAGUGUCGGUGCGUCGGCUGCUCAAGUCGCCGCGGAACAGUGUGGCGAAGAUUCGGCUGAACAAUAACAGCGGAACAUGCGGGACGCCGGAGCUUAAGUGAGUUCAAUUCAAAGUUCGGCUUUGUGGCGACUCGCAUGCUUGGUCGGUACGGAGUUUGAAAAAUUUGCUCAUUUUCCUGAAAAAUCCUGGACAAGUGUCGAAAAACUAGCGAAAAUUCGGGAAAAAUCUAUGAAACCAUUCAGAAAUGUGUCCAAUUUUUUCAGUGGAAACGUGGCCGAACUAUUCCACUUUUCUUCAAUUUCGGCCCCGAGGUCGAUUGAAGUGAAAUGCCCCCAUAAAUACUUGUUUUCCAGCACUCCCGACUCGUCUCGCAGCGUCUCUUUCACCGAAGCCCUCACCUGGCCGUACAUCGAUGAGGACGUCAUCGACGAGUGA